UGAAUCGUCAGUCUAUCCCCGUCAGCCAUUCCGGGGUAUCAUCUCCAUGUUUCCCGCAUAUCUCACAAGUGGGGCCCCAGAUGCGCUGGCUUGCUGUACUUAAGCUGGGCCUCUAGCUUUAACACGGCCCCUUUGCAGACACCAUGGCGAUUUCCCACCUAGACGAACCGCGCGAGGUGUGGAACUGGAGAGUGAAGUGUGCUGUCUUUGUCAUUGGGAUCUUGGGCGCCAGUCGAGGCGCCGACGAGGGCAUCAUCUCCGGCAUCGAGUCCAACAAGGAGUGGCUCCGGACAUACGGAAUCCAAGAUGGAAGCGCUGCGCAGAGCAAUGUCGUGUCCAUGGUGCAGAUCGGCUGCGUUCUCGGCGCUCUAUUGGCCUUUUUCGUCGUCGAUCAUCUCGGUCGUCUCAGGACAAGCCAGGUCUGCAUCCUCUUUUGGCUCGCGGGCAUCACAAUCUGGAUCACAAGCUACCGGGGUGGCGCCUCGGGACUCGCCCAGGUGUACGCCGGACGUUUCGUGGCGGGGACCGGCAUCGGAGGCACAGCCGUGUGCGUGCCCACCUUUCUCUCUGAGAUUGCACCCAAGUCGCGGAGGGGCCUGGCCGUCAAUGUCUACGCCGCAUCUGUCUACCUUGGCAUCCUCAUCGGCUACUUUGCAAACUACGGCUGCCAGGUCCACGUGCCCGCCGAGUCUGCAAAGCGGUGGAUGGUGCCCGUGUCCAUCAACUACCUCUUUGGCGGCACGACAUUGAUCGGCUCUCUCUUUCUACGCGAGUCGCCCCGGUGGUUGCUGAGACGUGGCCACACUAAGCGGGCCCAGUCGGUGCUGCAGUACUAUCGCCGUCUGGACUUGAGCCACCCGUACCUCGUCGAAGAGUGGAAGGGCAUGGAGCGCGAGGCAGAGACCCUAGCACAGCAGACACGUCUACGCAGCAUCAUCGCCCUUCUUACAGACGGCUCCCAGCUGUAUCGCCUGUGCGCCAUCGGCAUCGCCAUCCAGAUUCUCUCCAACUGGUCCGGCGGCGGUGGCAGCCUCACCAUCUAUGCGCCAAGGCUCCUGGCCCUCGUCGGUGUGCACUCCAACUCGACACUCUUCACCACUGGCAUCUUGGGCGUCGUCAAGCUGCUAUCGGCCCUGACCGCCACCUUCUUUCUCAUAGACCGUCUGGGCAGGAAGAGGAGUGUCUUUAUCGGCAUCACGCUCCAGGGCAUCGCCGCCGUCUAUCUGGCCGCCUUUUUGGGUGCGACUGACCUGUCGAGCGCCACGCUGACGGGGAGUGAGCAGAGAGGCAGCAUAGCUGCGAUUGUGGCCAUCUUUGUCGCCGGCAUAGGCUGGACUUUCGGGUUCAACGCAAUCUCGUAUCUCAUUGGCACCGAGAUCUUCCCGCUCUCGACACGGGCCAUGGCCAGCUCCAUCAUCAUGGUCUUUCACUUUGUCAACCAGUACGGCGCCUCGAGGGCCCUGCAGCCGAUGCUGCAUACCAUGCAGGGCUACGGCCUCUUCACCUUCAACGCCGUCGUGUGCUUCUUCAGCAUCGCCUACAUCGCCCUCUUCAUCCCCGAGACGGCCGGCAGAAGUCUCGAGGAGAUGAACAGUCUUUUCGAAGGCCCAUGGUAUCGAAUUGGAAUGCUAGGGAGCAGCCUGCCUGCCAGUUCUUCGCAGCACCCACGCUCGCACCUGGUGCCAGUAUCUGAGCUGGAACAGGGCAACGGUCCUGAUUCUGCCGACAAAAAGAGCACCCUGUCCGUCGCUGAGAUCAAGACGUGCGACGCCUAGUAGUCACUUGUCGAGCACCUCUCUCCUUCCUCGU